AUGAACUCUACAAAAAAAAGAAGAAAAUCAAAUGACAGUGACAGAUCAGAAUAUGGAUAUAUAGAAGAACUAAUAAAAUCUUGGGAUAAUAUGAGCGACAUGGAUGAUUUUGAUAAUGAAUAUGACUUAAUGCCUCCUUUUGAAGAUAGAGCUCAUUGGAAUGUUUCUUUUCCUAAAGUACCAACACAAAUUACACAAGGUAGCACAGUGAAUAUGGCAAUUUUACCUAAUUACCCUCACAUAGGACCAGGAAAUCCAAUUUAUGGCUCUAGCUCUAAUGAAAUGGAUGAAAUAGCAAGAAAGCAUGAUUUGGCAUAUUUGGAAGCCAAAAGUCCAAUAGAUGUAAUGAAAGCAGAUGAAAUAUUCUUAAAUAAUAUGAAAGCAUAUGAGCCUCAAAAUUCCAGCGUUCCACCUGAAGAUCCCGAAGACGUUACAUUUGAUGAAAUAUCUCAAUUUUCCCAAGGAACGAAACGCACAAAUACUGAAAAUACAGAAACCGUUCCAUCUAAAGUUAAAGUUAUUGAAGAACCUUCAACAUCUAAAAUAUCUGCAACUGUUGGACAUAAAAGGCCAUCUUCUACAGAAGCUAUUGCAGACAUCGCCGCUAAAAAAACAGCUGGAACCUCUGAUCAAGGAAGUUCUUCUUCCGUUGGACCGCAAUCUCAACAACAAGACCCAAAUCCUGCAGGACAUUCAGCUAAUACUGGAGGACCAACUAAUACAGAGGCAGGAAUAAAGAAGGCUCAAAUUACUGGUUCAUUAAGUGAAUUUAAGUGA